AUGAGUAAAAUCGCGAGAUCGGUCAAGAACGUGACCAAGGGCUAUUCCCAGGUCGAAGUCAAGGUCCGCAAUGCGACCAGUAACGACCCAUGGGGACCUGUGGGAUCAGACAUGGCUGAAAUCGCCCAGAUCACCUUCAAUAGCUCGACCGACUUCUACCAGGUCAUGGACAUGCUCGACAAGCGACUCAACGACCGAGGAAAGAACUGGCGUCACGUCCUCAAGUCGCUCAAGGUGCUUGACUACUGUCUGCACGAGGGCUCAGAGCUCGUGGUGACAUGGGCGCGCAAGAACAUCUACAUCAUCAAGACAUUGCGCGAGUUCCAGCAUACGGAUGAAGACGGCCGAGACGUCGGACAAAACGUGCGCAUGGCCGCCAAGGAGCUGACUUCGCUCAUCCUCGACGAAGAAAGAUUGCGCGCCGAGCGAGCCGACAGGAAAUCGUGGAAGUCGCGAGUGACGGGCAUCGAAGAGUACCCUGGAGGCGGACAUCGUGUUCCGGAUCACGGCGAUGGGAGGCAUCCACGAAACGGCGACCCGCGCCGUAAUCGCAGAACCGAAGAAGAAGACUUGGAGCUCAGGCUAGCGCUCGAGGCCAGCAAGAACGAAGCAGAGGAAGAGAGGAAGCGUCGGGAACGUACGUCAAGGGCCGAGGAGACGGACGACGACUUAGAAAAGGCCAUCAAGCUGAGCAAGGAGGAGGAGGAGCUGCGCCGGAAGGAGCUCGAGCAGACCAACGCAGACCUACUAUUCGGCGAGACUACCGUGCAGCCAACCGCAUACCAACCCACAGGCAACAACCAAGGCUACCAGCAACAAGGCCAGGUGGACUGGUUUGGCAACCUUGUGGACCAGAGUCAGCAACAGCCACAAAACACCGGUUUCCUCAACAACGCGUACUCUCAGCCUACUGGAAUGCAACCUCAGCAGACGGGCUUCCAGAACGGAUUUGGCGGUUACGGUGGCUUCCAGCAGCAGCAACCGGGCUUCGACCAGUUUGGCCAGCCGCAACAACAGCCCCAGCAAUUCAUGCAGCCCCAGCAGACCGCCUUCAACAACAACCCAUAUGGUCAGUUUGGAGGUUUUGGGGACAUGGGUCAGCAACAGCAGCAGCAGCAGCCAGACCAAAAUGCACUCCAGCCUGGUAGCCAUAACCCGUGGGCCAGUAACAACAAGCCUCAGGAGUCUCUGAUGCCACAGCCGACGGGCUCCAAUAACCCGUUCGCCCAGUCUUUCAACCGACCACAGCCCACUCAGACCUUCACGCAACCAACGCUGAACACGUUGAGCGAACAGAAGACAGCGCAGCCGCAGUUCAGCAACACGUCUUUCAACACCCCAACGGCCUUUUCACCGCAGCAGACAGCGCAGCCACAACAGCCCAAGAAGGAGAUGGAUCCAAACGCCGCUCGGCUUAACGCGCUUCUCGCAACAGGAGAGGGACAGGAUACAUUUGGUAAUGUUGGAAACAUGCGUAUUCCCGCUCAGCAUACAGCACCUGGAACGUUUGUCAACUCGGCUGGUGCAGGCUUGAACAGGGUCAAUGCAAAUGCCACAGGCAACAAUCCCUUCCUCAACUCUCAGUUUACAGGGAUGCCUCAGCAAAACCGCCUUAUGCCUGCCCAGACAGGCCCAGCAAACAACUUCGGCGCCAAUCCUUAUGGCAGCGCCAAUCCAUUUGGUGCGCAGCCACAGCAGCAGCAAAACCGACAGCCUGCCAGUGCCGUCCGGCCGCCCAGGAUUGUUGCAUUUGUCCGUCCCCGUCUGGGCAAAGGCUUCAUGGGCACAAAGCUCGACGCGUCGCCCGCACCCACCGGCGUCACGUUUGCGCACAAACGGACAGGCAAAACUGCGGCAACAGCUACUGUUCUAACGCGACAUUCGAACAUACAAUAUUGGAUAGCACCCGAAUACAAAACGAUGGAACCCCGAGUCCCACGCGCAAUGCUCGGCAAGAGGAAGCGGCAAGGCGAAACAAGUGACGAAGACGAGCCUGUAUGCCAGAUUGAGGACACGGUACUUAAGAGGUCGCGCACGCAGCAUUCAGCAAACGAAGAUAAAGUCGAGGGCCAACCUCCUGUUGCCGGGCCCGCCACUGCCUGCACUCGAAGCGGUCUCCUAACGCCUGAACGCAGCACCUUGACAGAGUCACAACUCACAAAUCCUCCUCCUGUUGUUGACACCCAAAGCAUGUCAGAGAAGCCAUUUCCCUUUAUGCGACUCCCUGCCGAACUCCGUGUCCACAUCUACCACAUGGCCCUCGUGCGUGAGGAGCCGCUCAGCCUGCAUGCCGACCGCGCCCCCGAGAAGCCUGACGAGCUUGUAUGCGCCUUGCCGGGUGAUGAACUAUAUGAUGGGAACCAGAUGUGGCAACAGAGUAUUGUGGUUUCGCGCCCGCAUGGUCCCCAAUUCACGCGACACAAAAACUCUGGAUAUGAACGGUACCCACUAAGUGACCCUAUCGUGCCGGAAAUAUUGAGGCUUGACAAGCAGAUAUACAAGGAAGCACGCCAGGUGCUCUAUAGCGACAAUGUCUUUACUCUCAAUCUGACAAGCGGCAUUCAUACCUUGUCUACACUCCAUCAGCGCUCCCGCAGCCUUAUCAAACACGUCGUCCUUACCAUACCCUCACACCACGAUAUCCUCGAUGGGUUUGCAGAUCUCGUACGCCUUGGUUUACGCUACUGUUGGGGUCUCAAGACAUUCAAAAUCAUCCUACAAGCUAGUCUUCCAGAUGAUGGAAGAGUGACGGGCGCAACGAGCGUAUACGCCAAUGCUUUCCAUAUACUGAGGUGGCUACCUAGGGGCUGCAAUGUUGGGUUGGAGGGUAAUGUCAGCGACACGGUUAAGAAAGUUGUUGCCGAAGAGGGAAGACUACAAGCUGUGCUUGAUGAGGCAGGCAAGUUACUUGAAAAGGCAACAUCAGAUGCCUGAGCGUCACUAGUAGUGUGUCGCGGCUUGAGAUGUGCAGUAAGCUCGUAGAGGCGACCCUGAAGAUGUGGUAUAGCUGAUGGGAUAUGUGUUGCCUUGGGUCAUCCUUUGACCGAUGUUAUAUUCCUGUUGGGUGAUGUUGGGCUUCGUCCACUUUGACUCGCUCCUUGUAUUGAGCAUUGAGUAUUUCCUGUGUUCCACGGCAAUCUCCUCACUAUGUGAGUCUUGUUUUCUGAACUAUCAUGUCUUCUGCUGCAAGAUCCAGGGACAUGGAUAUUCAGGGUAGGCUGACUGUUUUCAUUUUAUUAUAAGACUCUGCAAGCGACUCUUUUGUGGCUAUCUGUACAUGUCCAAGAUUAUUCCAAGCUAUUCCUGGUCUGCAUUGUAGGAUGUCCAGGUCUUCUGGGCACAUUGAGAAGGGGAAACUGUGCCUGCGAAAUCAGCACGGUAGCGACCCAUGAUGGCUUUUUCCAUCCAAUCUCGGUCAAAGUUGCGUAAGAACAGCGGAAGAGGUUUGAGGAGCUUCGUCAGUACGUCGUAUGUUUUCUCGAUAUAACCCACCUGGAAUAGACACAGGAGCGGUGUGUUUGAAACAGCCAGGCGUAUCAAAUUGUAUUAUUGGACC